AUGGUGUUUGUAGUUACUUGUGCCAGUCUCUACUUCGCCUAUCAGAUGGCAUUGAACAUCCUGGCAAUUAACAUCGCGGCGGAUCAAGAGAACAUGUUUCUUGUCUCCGAACCCAUCAGAGAAGGCGCGGAAGGUUUUUUCAGGACUCAGUAUGGAACCAUAUCGCGAUUCUCUGUGGCCUUGUUCAUCUGCAUUAUCAUCAUCUAUUCGUUCAGGCAGUUGACACCUGAGCAAGAGCAGGCUGGUAUCAGCAAGGGGCUGCUAGCUACAAUUACAGGCAUCUCAUUUUUGCUCGGAGCGUUCUGUUCUGGAAUCGCUGGGUACUCGGGCAUGUGGGUGUCUGUGCGUGCAAAUAUUCGAGUGGCAGGUGAAGCUCGAAAAUCAAUGCGAGCUGCCUUGUAUGUCGCUUUGCGAGCUGGAGGAUUCGCCGCGCUGGUGGUCGUUGGGCUGACGGUCAUGGGCGUGACCUUCCUGUUCUGCGUAUGCCAUGCCCUGCUCGGUGCUGGGAGCGGAGGAUCGAUGAAGUCAACAGACAUUCCUAUGUUGCUGGUCGGAUAUGGGUUCGGAGCCUCCUUCGUUGCCUUGUUCGCUCAGCUUGGCGGUGGAAUCUACACCAAGGCUGCAGAUGUUGGUGCUGACCUUGUCGGGAAAAUAGAAUCCGAUAUUCCAGAAGAUGACCCAAGGAACCCAGCAGUGAUCGCAGACCUAGUGGGAGACAACGUGGGUGACUGUGCUGCUCGUGGCGCUGAUCUCUUCGAGAGUAUUGCAGCUGAGAUCAUCAGCGCGAUGAUCUUGGGUGCAAGCAUGGCCAAGAAAGCUAACCUAACGUCGUCAGAAACCAUUGGCUUCAUGAUGUUCCCAUUGGUUGUUCACUGUAUGGACCUUGUAGUCAGCGGAAUUGGAAUUAUUUCAGUGAGCAGGGAUGCCCCAAUCAGCAACAUCUUGGAGGAUCCGCUUGAAGUCAUGAAGAAAGGGUACAAGGUAUCCCUGGUACUUGCCGUCAUUGGAUUUGGAAUUGCUUGCAACACGAUGCUUUCAAUCUCAUCUGCACCGAGUGCAUGGAUUUAUUUCUAUGGCUGUGGUCUGAUUGGAGUCGGGUCUGCCUAUUUGUUUGUAUGGAUUUCACAAUACUACACCGAUUACAAAUACCGCCCUGUGCGGCAGCUCGCAGAAUCGAGUACGACGGGUCAUGGUACGAAUGUCAUUGCAGGAGUCGCUCUUGGAAUGGAGUCGACGGCGAUGCCAGUAAUAGUCAUCAGUGUCGCCAUCGUUUCCGCUUACUGGUGUGGAAGAAUGUCGGGACUCGUGGAUGCCAAUGGGAUUCCCUGUGGAGGUCUGUUUGGAACAGCCGUUGCAACCAUGGGUAUGCUCUCUACAGCAGCUUAUGUGCUCGCCAUGGAUAUCUUUGGUCCCAUUGCAGACAAUGCAGGAGGGAUUGUUGAGAUGAGUUCGCAGCCAGCGAAUGUCAGGGAGGUUACUGACUCCCUUGAUGCGGUUGGAAACACCACAAAGGCUACGACCAAAGGUUUCGCCAUCGGGUCUGCCGCGCUGGCAUCAUUCUUGUUGUUUAGUGCCUACAUGGAUGAGGUUUCGGCGUUUACAGCCAAACCAUUCAAUCACGUCGACAUUGCUGUCCCCGAAGUUUUUGUUGGAGGUUUGCUUGGCUCGAUGUUGGUCUACCUCUUCAGCGCGUGGGCAUGCAAAGCUGUUGGCAAAUCAGCCCAGGAGGUUGUCAAGGAAGUGAGAAGGCAGUUUGAGGAGAGGCCUGGAAUCAUGACGUAUCAGGACAAGCCUGACUAUGACCGCUGCGUCUCCAUUGUUGCCAAAUCUGCAUUGCGUGAGAUGACGGCUCCCGGCCUUUUAGCUGUUUCAAUGCCCAUCAUCGUAGGAGUCACAUUCAGAUAUGUGGGUUUGCUAACGAAGCAAACGAUGCUGGGGCCUCAGGUUGUCGCGGGUUUCCUCAUGUUCGCGACGGUUGCGGGGAUCCUGAUGGCUCUUUUCCUCAAUACAGCUGGAGGCGCGUGGGACAACGCAAAGAAGUACGUGGAGACAGGAGCGUAUGGUGGGAAAGGUUCCGAGACGCACAAAGCAGCUGUAACAGGAGACACUGUGGGCGACCCAUUCAAGGACACGGCCGGGCCAUCAAUUCACGUGCUGAUCAAGAUGCUGGCGACCAUUACGCUAGUGAUGGCUCCCCUCUUUCUUGACUAA